CGAACUUGAUGUAGUUUAAAUGGCUCUGGAAGGACUACGGAGAGAAUUUCUAUUGUCCUCCUUUGUAUUACUGAAGCUAAAUCCAAGUAGUGAGCAGGGAUCUUGAAUCCAGUUGUGUUUACUGCAAUCAGUACAUAUUUUUACUCAAAAAUAGACAUGGAUGACCACAUAAGGAUGAUGAAUGCAGGAGACUCGCAGCCUACAGGAGAUGCUAUCUCUUCCAACCUUGCUAUUGAGUCACAAGAACCCACAAAAGGGAAUAAAAAGAGACUCUGUAUCUCUAAAAUUGUCACCAUUGUCAUCUUCUUUCUGGUGAUUCUAAUAACUACACUGGCCACAAUCUUAGCAGUUGAAAAACACAAAUCUUCCACUGAACACAUGUCAUGCCUGGAUGGCUGGAUUGGUUAUCUAGGAAAGUGCUUCUAUUUUUCUGAAAAUACAACCUGGGCAGCAAGCCAGAACUUCUGUGCAUCUUAUGCAGCAACUCUUGCUGUAUUCAACACCACAAAAGAACUGGUAAGGAAAUACUUUUGA